AUGUCUUUACCCUCUCCUUUCCCGAAGUUCGCAGCAGCUACGCCCAGCGUUCGAAAUUUCAAAGGCAAACUUUUGGUUGGGCCGAUGUGGCGAAAUAUAGGGCAGUUGGCCUGGCAUGAUUUCCUCAUUACCUGCGGAGAUUAUCUAAAUGACGUCAUGAACCACGGAUCCUCGUCCGUGUUUUAUGCUAUCGUCCACUGCCGAGACCAGCAUGAUGCGUUGAGGAUCCUCGCGGCUGCCAAAGAGGGAGGGGCCGAUUUCACAAAAUGCCAGGACGCUAGGAAAUCUCAUCCUCUGUCCUUUCAUCGCGUCGACGCAACUCUCUUCUCGCCACUUCAUCUGGCCGCACGCAGAGGAUUGGAUGAUAUCGUUAGCUAUCUCAUCGACCAGGGUCUUGAUAUCGAUGACAAAGAGGGCCUGCAUCUCACCCGAAAGACACCACUAAUGGAAGCGAUCCUCAACCAUCAAGAAACGACAGCUGUGCUGAUAGUCCGGCGAGGCGCUUCGAGAGGCCUAUGUCCUCCAAACUUGGAGGCAUUCCAGGCAAGCAUACGAGAAGGUCUGAGAUGCUUGGUAAGGAUCAUCGUGGAGCGGAAUAGAGUGGAUGUCAAUGCCGACCUAGGAUACGGAUGCACUCCUUUGGUGUUGGCUGUCUGUCAUAGAAAAGGACCGAUGAUACCGACUUUACUGGAACUGGGCGCCCGUGCGCUACCUGCGAUGCGACGAUUUUGCAGUGACAAUGCAUUUUUAUCUAUUCUUUGGUUGCUGGGCUCGGGCUCUUCAGUUUUGCAGGGGUCCCUGAAAAUCGACGAGACGUCGGAGCUUAUCUUUUCAAUUGCCACGGAACGGGUGUCAUCAUCCCAGAAGAAUCAGCAGAUUCUUUCUUUGGAGAGGCUUCUGAAAUUCCUCUGCCAUGAUAGACAAAGUCUUGGAAAUGUCAUGGUAUCUUCCGCCAGUGAUUUUGAAGAUUUCCUGGAUGCCCUCUUGCAGACGAUAUUAUCCGUUGAUCACACAGACACUCAUCUUGCCAGUCUGUUCCAGAGCUGGGGUGCGCGAAUCCAUACAGGAGUUUUCCUUCAAUUAUGCAGGAUCUUGGGUUCUUCGCUCUUCACCGAAGAUAUCCGGCGCUGCCUCCGUCAAAAUCCUGGACUGCUUCACUGUUUCGAUUUCGUGCAUCAUUAUUCUUUGCAUUGUUCAAGCCCAGCAAGAGGCUGGGCAGUCAGCUACUUUCUCAGUCGAGUGCCUAGCUACGCGAUACGGCUGGUGCAAGAACUGAAGCAGCAUGGUCUUCCGUUAACUCGGAGAGGCGUCGAGAUGUUGGACCUAUCCAGUUUGGAAAACGGAAACGCACCAGGAUAG